AUGGUUGGAAAUUUUGAGCUCUCAUCUUCUGUUGCCGACGAGUAUGCGGACCUCAUGCGUAGUGACGUCACCGCACGAGUACUUCCGCUGAAUAUUACAGUGAAUUCAACGGAGCUAAUUGACGCUUCCUGCACUUUUACAUUACAUCGGACAUCCUGCAAAAAUCCACCGUUGACUACGAACGAAACGAUCUCUUGGCAUACGAGGAUCUGUUUUAACUGGAAAUGCAAUGCUCCACUUCACGCGAUGCGAGUUGAGAAUUGCUGGGUUGGCACCAGAAAAAGUCCUGUUUAUUUGGUGAAGUCCAAUGGAUGUACAGCAGAAUCCGCUCUACUCCACUCGCCUUCGUAUGCUUCUUUCCUCCGCGCUGCUUCGAUAGGAUGGCUGUCAAUCCGGCAGGCAGGUGUCGACGAGCUGCUCGUCUCCUGUCACAUCACAUUAUGUCACGUUUGUGACGACAACUGCCGAGAGUAUACCCCUCCUCGAUCGUGUCGAGACUCGUCAAUUCGUAAUUACGAUCAAAUGUGGAACGAAAGCACAGCAGUUGAACGUGCAUGCAAUCCACCCGUGGAGUCGACGACUGCAUUUCUAACUAAGCGCGAAUACUCUACACGAUGGACGAUGUUGGACACGAUCCAAAUGGCGUUUGGCCAUAUCCGUUUCACAGCAUUGGGGCGUCUUUACAGUAUCCUCAUUGCACUUGAUAAGUCCUAG